AAUCUAUUUUUAUUUGUCUUAUUUGAUAAAAAAAUUUCUGAGAAACUGAGUUUUGGGGUUUUAUUAGCCCAAAACAAGCACAAAACUCAAGGAAUGAACCAAUUAACCUAGUUUGAACAGUGUUGUUUUUUUUUUAAUUGCUUAAACUUACACAAAAAUGUAAAGAAAAAAAUUUCAGAGCCAAGGAAAUAGUGUUCCUCAAAAGCUUCUUCUAACUAUGGGUGCUUUAUUUAUUUAAAGUUGGCAUUUAUUAAAAAUGUAUUGCAGGCCUGCUUUCUGGAGAGCAAAGCUGGGACAGAGUCAUGCUGAUUAGGAUCUACAGAGUCUGAUAAAUAUCAAAGCAGAAAAAGACAAAGACAUUUCAAACUCUUAGAUAAGUAUCCGAGGUUUAAAAAAAAACUAACUUGAUGUACAGUCUGAGGAAUGCAUAGUAUGCAAGAGCUGCUUUCUUCGUUUAUUUCUUUUUUUCUCUGCGAGCUCGACUUACAUUAAGUGAUGUGGCCCAUGAUUGGUUCCUCGGGAUUCUGAGGGAGUGAACCCUCUGUAUCUAUACCAUAUCUUUGAUGCCAAACGUACCAUCACAGGGCCUGACUAUUUUAAGAUCACAGUCCACAGUCUGCGUCCCUCACGGAUUUACAGAACAGCAACAACACUCCUGUUGUUAGUACCAAACUGGACGCUUUUCAAACUGAGGACAUGAUUUAGAGACGUUUAGCUACACCUGCGAACAUGUUGUUCAGAUUCGGUGUCAUUCUGACUCCGGAGUCCUCGGACGUGGAGGUUUUAGUUCUGGGUUCGCGUGAGGAAAUGGGUCACUGGGACCCGAACGGGGCGGUUCGGAUGAAGGCUUCGCAGAAGCUGCCGUCACCAGAUGAACCGUGUCUGUGGACGGGCGAAGUGGAGCUGGCCGAGCCGUUCAAAGACUCUCUGUGGUUCAAGUUUAUCAAAAAGGCCCGGGACACCUUUAUCUGGGAAGGUAGCGGACCAAGUCAUGACAGGCAUUGUUUAUAUGAUGAGAGAAAUGUGGUGAACGGAGUGUACUGCCACCCCAUUGGUCACUGGAUAGAGGAAACGGGACACACUGAUGAGAUGAAGCACACCACCAAUUUCUACUUUAAGGUUGCAGGUCAGAAGGCCAUACAUUUCUCCAGAGUUCUGCCACGUGUCUGGCUGGGAAGCUGCCCUCGACAGGUGGAGCACGUGACCAUAAAGAUGAAGCACGAACUGGGCAUCACCGCCGUGGUGAACUUCCAGACAGAGUGGGACGUAGUGAACAACUCCAGCGGAUGCAGACGUAACCACGAGGAAGCCAUGAGCCCCGAUGCCUUAAUGCAUUUGUACAAAGACUGUGGCAUUGUGUAUGUGUGGCUACCAACACCUGACAUGAGCACAGAGGGUCGGAUCAGGAUGCUUCCCCAGGCUGUAUUCCUGCUCCACGGACUCCUGGAAAAUGGCCACAGCGUGUACGUCCACUGCAACGCCGGAGUCGGCAGGUCCACGGCGGCUGUAUGCGGCCUUCUCAUGUACAUCCUCGGCUGGAGCCUCAGGAGGGUGCAGUACUUUGUCGCCUCAAGGCGGCCAGCGGUCUACAUAGACGAAGAAGCUUUAGUCCAGGCUCAGCAGGACUUCACCCAGAAGUUUGGUCAGCUGCGAUCAUCAAUCUCUUACCCAGAAACGUGACAGCUGAGAAAGAGGAUUGUAGAGCCAUAUGGCGGUGCUACUCCUUGCCAGAGACACACAUCCAUCCUCAAAUCCAAUAAAUCAAGAAGGACUUUACCUCCCUCCCAGAGGUAUCUGCCUUCCAGACAUCAAGGAGUACAGUUGUCUCUCACAGUGCUUAUUUGGAGCAUUUCCUCCUUCAUGUUUCCGUCAGAAGCCAUCCUCAGAAAAACAACAACAUCACUUUCAAGUCAUAUUGAUAUAAUAUAAUCCAUUAAGAGGGCAAGCUUUCCUUUUUGAACACCACAAACUCUCACUUUGACUUUUUGAAAGACAGAGUCUUGUCAUUCUUCUCUGAUUAAAAAAAAAAAAAAAAACUGAGUUACUUUGAAGGCUAAGAAACUUUUUCCUGAAGCAAAAAUCUUUACCGUUACUUUUCAGUGACUUACUGAGCUAGAUGUCAUUUGGGAUGUGUGGGUGGAUAGAGCUGUGCUCCUGUGUUACUGAGGUGAAUCAGUCAAGUUUUAUUCUAAUGUGUGACAUAAAGAGAAACUCAUAUGGAAUAAACAAAAAAUAAUAAUGGAGAA